AUGAGGCUUCCGAGCACGCUCGCUGUGGCGAGCGAGCCUUCCCGCUUCACGCCGCUCGAGAGCUGGGACCUCGAGUCGGGCGGCUUCCGACCUCUCGCUCCGGGUCUGUGGCUCCUGCGUGGCGAGAGAAGCCACCUGCCCGAAGGCGCGUGCAGGCUGCUCCGGCCUGUAGCGAGGGCCGCAAGCCUCGAGCGGCUGCUGCGCUCAGCUGCCUCCUCCUCGCAGCAAAUCCCAGCGCGGUGGCGGCUCCGCUUCCUCGCCCGCGACGGCGGCAGAGCAGCGCCGCUCGCCGGUGGUCCGCGGUCGGAGAUGGCGGCCGAGGCGUCCGACAUCCUCUGCACCGCCGCGCGUGCUCUGCCGGGCGAGCCGGCGCUGCAAGGUCCAUCGCCGCUGCUCCUCCUCGUCCGCACUCCGCGGCUGUGGUACCUGGCUCUCGACGUCACCGUCUCGCGCCAGCGCAGCGAGGCGGAAGAGGCGUGGAGGCUUCGCCCGUACUCCUUCUGCUCCGCCACCGACCUCCGCCUCGCCCGCCUCGCCGUCUCUCUCGCCGCGGCGCACCGGGCGGCGGGCGACAAUGGGGCGCUGCUCGACCCCUGCUGCGGCUCGGGCGGCAUCCUCUUUGCCGCGCGGCUCGCCGGCUUGCGCGCGGUCGGCCUCGACAGGAACCCGACCGCGGUGGAGGGCGCGACGGCGAACAUGGCAGCGGUCGACGCGCUUCUGGAUGGCUCAAACGGCUCCGGUGGUGGUGGCGGCGGAUGCGGCGGCGGCGGCAGCGGCGGGAGCGGCGGCGGCGGCGGCGGCGGCGGGAGCGGCGGCGGCGGGAGCGGCGGCUCCUCCGUGCUCGAGCACGACUGCCGCAACCCGCUGCCGCGCGAGGCGGUCGUGUCCAACCUGCCGUGGGGCCGCAACACGCGGCUGCCGCACGCCGAGUACCUCUCCUCCCUCCUCGCCCCGCUCGCCAGCUCGCUGCCCGGCGCCACCUUCUGCCUCGUCACCGCCGAGCCGCUCGAGCCCGCCACUCUCGCCGCCACCAACCUCGCGCCGCGGCGGGUGGAGGCGGUGGGACGGCGCUGUGUCCUCUCGCUGCUCGAGCCGGCGGGCCCGGGGCAGGGAGCAGUGCCGGACGCGGCGGGGGCGAGGGUCGGGGCGGCAUCCGCGAGCGGCGGCGGCGGCGGCGGCGGCGACGCGGCCGAGCGGGGCGAGGUGCUCGUCGGGGGCGGGCUCCGGUCGGCGGCAGGUUCGCCCUCGCUGCGCGUCCGCCUCGUCGCGGGCGCGCUCAUCGAGAGAGGACUCGGUUUGGGGCAGAGUGAGUGGGAGAACUUUUCGGCGGUCGUGGAGGUCGUGGAGGUCGUUGAGUGGCGAGUCACGCUCGUGCGGACAGCAUCGAUGCCGGCGCCGGACGCGGCGGCGAGGCACACGGGCGCCGGCGUGGCGCGUCGGCAGGCCCACCACGAGCGGAUGCGCGACGAGCGCGCUCGGGAAGCGGCCGCGGGCGACGCGGAGCUUCCGCCGGAGGACGACGCGGUCGAGAUGGCGAGCGCCGUCCACGUGCUGGACAGCGUGGGGGAGCAAGGAGACGAAGGCGAAGGGCGGAAGCGAAAGCGCGAGGAUGCCAGGGCGGCGCUCGACGGCCACACUGUCCUGUCCACCGGAUCGCGCCUCGAGAUCUUCUGCGACAGCGAGCGGUGGUACCCUGCGACCGUCAUGGCGCGGGAGGAGGACGGGGACGGACGGAUCGUGCACGAGGUCGAGUACGGCGGCUACGGAUCGGCGGUGGCCGGCGCGGGCGCAGGCGGCGCUGCCGCAGACGGGGAUGGGGAUGCGGCGAUGGACCGCGCGGACGGCGAGCAGGGUGCCCGUGCCGCGGGCGCCGCCGAGGCGGCCGAGGUGCGGCCGGCGCCGCCUCCUGUGCGCCGGGGUGUGCGGCGCAGCGCGCUGGCGGACGCCCUCGAGGCGGAGGAUGACGAGCAGCAGGAGGAGGCGGUACACGGGUUCUCCGCAAAAUUCCCGGCAUUUUGA